GUAUAUAAGUGCGCAGAGGAGUCGGAGGAGCUGCUCAGUCGUGUGCGUUGGGGAGACGGCGACACCGGCGGCUGCGACAUGUUCUAUUCCGGGAUGCUGACCGAGAGCGGCGGCGGCGGCGGCGGAGGCAGGAAGGAGGUGGACCUCAGGGAGGCUGCGUCGCUACGGCAACAGAGGAGGAUGAAGCAGUCGGUCCAGUUCAUCCACAAGGACUCCGCCGAUCUUCUGCCCCUCGAUGGACUCAAGAAGCUCGGCACGUCCAAGGACACGCAACCACAUAGCAUCCUCCAACGCCGACUGCUGGACAGCAACUUAUCAAAGCUGAGGAGCAGCAGAACGACGUGGACCCCAAAAAGUGACCACUCAGCUCAGAGCAACAAACAGAGCCAUGGGAAGGGAGCCACGCCCCGGAGCAGCGAGGAGGACGCCCUCUAUGUCUGGGGUCAGUGCGAAGGGAAGGAGUUCAAGGUCAAGAUUGACACCUCUUGUCAGCACAGCAUCAUAUCCUCCGUCUGUCUGGACAGGUUGGGGCUGAAGGAACAUUUCAGGUUCUACAAGAAUGAAGAGGACGGCAUCAAUCUGCCAUACAACAUGAAGAUCCUCGGACAGAUAGACCACAUGCCGGUCACACUGGGCGCCAUUCCCGUGGAGUGCAGCGCGGUCGUCAUAGAUGACAACGAGAGGAUCGCCAUUCUGGGUCUCCAGGCUUUGCGGCAUCUGAAGUGUGUGAUAAAUCUGGAGAAGAACCAACUGGAGGUGGGACGAUCAGACAAAGAGGUCCUCCCAUUUAUUGCCAGCAGAAGCACGGCUAGAGAGGAACACCCAUCAGAUGCAUAAUCGGAGGAAGAGCGCCAACCAAGCCAGAAGCGCCGCCAUCAUCAGCAGAUGGGAUGGAAGCUCGUGUGUCCUCCUCGUGUGUAUCCAGAUCCGAGUCUCUCUGUGCUUUUUAUACCCAUCCCCCACCCACCCACCCCCCCUGAGAUUCUAUAUCACUGUUACCAUUUUUUACUAGAUGUAUUUUACUAUGCUGGAAUUUCUAGAUAACGACACGCACUGUACUCGGGGGCGAGCCUCGUACUUCUACCGAUCUGUAAAGUGAACCUGUCACCAGACGUCUUGUAUAUGUAGAAGGCGGAGCCUCGAGGGGCCUGUAUACAGGGGGGGGCCCCCAGACAGGACUAGCAUUGGAUCCAAUGGGAAGCAAACAGCCAUAUAGAUUUCUGAUAAAAUAUCCGAUUCUUAUCCGCUCUGUAAAGUUGUAGCAAAAGUUCAAUUUUAAAUCACGUUCCUUGGAACUGACUGCUGAAAGCCCAUCGGUUUAUUUGGCACCAUUAGAGAAAGAGUACCUGUCACUGACGAAGGGCUGCCGGUGCCGGGCGGGAGAAACCGGACAGUAUAUUUCCACAUAGUCUGGAUUGAAGAGACCCUGUCACUUACCCAGAGAAAAAAGAAGACUUACCUCUCCUGCCACUAGAACUCCCUUCCAUUGGUGACAAGUCUGUUGGGAUUGACCCACCGCUAGAGCGUCGGGUCCUACUGACACCGUCCACUGCUCUACUGACACCGUCCACUGCUCUACUGACACCGUCCACUGCCCUACUGACACC